ACCUGGAAACCUGUUAGCUAUUUUGAUUUUAGUAAUGUUUUGAACCUAGAACCGCACACAUCAUGGAUGUGCUGGUGUUGCUUGGGUCUGCACGUCCCGAAGAUGAAAUUCCCGUUCAUCCCACAGCCCAAAAGCGUUCACUGGAAGACCACCAAGUAAUAAACGAUACUAUUACAAAAUACGGCCUUCCACAAAACCACACAGCACUUGGACUUCCAGGACCUGAACUAGCAACUGGGAGAGACACGCUUUCAAUUUCUGACGAACUAGUACGAAGGUCAGGGGCGUACACCCUCAAAGUAAGAACCAUAACCAGAGGCUUCAGCUAUAACGCUAGAUAUGAAGAUACCAAAUUAAUCACAAGAUAAGGCCAAAGAAAUAUAAUAACAAAAGGCCAGUACGGCGAGCAUUUUGAAAGGAAAAGUGGCGGGUAUUACAUUCGUGUCAUUGGUUACACCUUAAACGAAAAUGGUUAUCGACAGUUUUUAAUUAACCUUUCUACGGCAAAAACCACCGAAGAAGAAUUAAAACCAUCUACUGCUAAGCCUCUUGGAAGUGCAAAUCCUGGUGGUUGUGUCUCAGUUGAUGUCUGUACAAAGAAAAGAAGCUUUCCAACAAAAGAACUUAAUAUUUUACUUGCGAAAUACUGACUUGGCGAAAUUAACAAAAUUUCUAGAAUUAGCUUUUACACUAUUAGUAACACUGAAUGUACAAACUGUAAAUCUCUAAUUUGAAAAUUGUUGUUUUGAAGCUGUAAGCUAUUGAAGUUGUAUCUCUUUUCACAAAUAAAAAUUUUAUUUUGAA